AUGACAAAGAAAUCCCAGACCUACUACUUGGCAAUAGGGGAAGAGCCACCACAUCGAACAUGCAAAAACAAGAAUUAUGUUGGUAAGGUUAUGUUCCUAGUUGCUGUGGCUAGACCUAGAUUUGAUGCACAAGGAAAUGAAAUUUUUUCUGGGAAGAUUGGGUUGUUUUCAUUUGUUAUAAAAGAGGCAGCAAGGAGAAGGAGUGCAAACAGGAGCAGAGGCACAAUGGAAACAAAACCAAUCACGUCAAUUACAAAAGAAGUGAUGAAAUCUUUCUUAAUUGACAAGGUGUUACCAGAAAUCAAAGCCAAAUGGCCAACAAGCCAUGCAAGUGAAACCAUUUAUGUUCAACAAGAUAAUGCUCCUUGUCACAUUCAUGAUAGUGAUGUGGACUUUCGUAUGGCAGCAAGUGAUGGUGGGUUUGAUAUUCACUUGAUUUCCCAACCCCCAAAUUCCCCUGAUUUGAACAUUUUAGAUCUUGGUUAUUUUAGAGCAAUUCAAGCACUACAACACCAAGAAGCGCCUAAAACUAUAGAUGACCUUGUCAAGGCUGUAGAGAAGUCAUUUGAAGUUUACACAUCCAAGCAAUUGAAUAGGAUCUUCCUCACACUACAAGCUACUAUGAUUGACAUUAUGAAGGACAAAGGUUCAAACAAGUAUAAGCAAGGUCAUUUGAAGAAGGAUAUGAUAGAAAGAAGAGGUGACUUGCCUAAUCAACUUAAGUGUAAUCCCUACCUAAUUGAAGAAGUUUUGGAGCACUUAGCACAAGUGGAUAGAUGA